GCUUACAAAUCUUCUGCUCUUUACAACAUGGCUUCUCACAAUGGGAUCAUCUUAACUUUGCUUCUAACCUUGACAAGUAUUGAUGCAAGCCUUGCGGCUCGCCAUCUCCUAGAUACCCCGGCAGCACCAGCUGCACCAAACCAACCUACGAUUCCUACAAUGCCUAUGCCAACAUUGCCUCCUUUCCCAACAAUCCCUACACUUCCUAUGCCAACGUUGCCGCCAGUACCAGCCACCCAGCAGCCUGCUCUACCCACAAUCCCCACACUUCCAAAGCCAAGUCUGCCACCGAUGCCAACCGCUACGCUCCCUAAGCUUGCACUUCCACCGAUGCCAGCAAUUCCAACGAUCCCCACAAUUCCUACGAUCCCCACAAUUCCUACAGCAUUGCCUCCUCUUCCUUCAAUUCAGAUACCAACUAUUCCCUCCAUUCCUACAGGCAUCCCGACUAUCCCUGGAGUUCAAGUACCGCCCAUUCCUUUCCUCUCCCCACCUCCAGCAGCCACAACUAGUCCAUGAAACGUUGAUGUUGGUGUACCGAUGGAGUUCAUUUAGUUCGGGAUAUGUGGUUGUGGAGCACUGGAGCUUGUAGGAUAUGUUCAUUCUAGCUAGAGAUUGUAAUGUUUGAUUGCGAUGUGAGGUUCUUAUGGUUGACUAUAUAUAUGCAUUAUAUAUGUUGCUUCUUAUAUGUGUAUUUGUAACAGUUCAUUGAUUGGAUUACUAGCUUCUCUAUAUUUGUA